UUGUGUUCCCUCUGGUUCGAACAACAACAACACACACUCGUCCCGUAAAAGUCUCUCUCUCUCUAUCGCAGAUAGGUGCUUCGUCUCCUUCUUCGAUAACUCCGAUCACCUAAAAACGUUUCCUUUCAAUCAAAGCAUCUCUCUCUCUUUGAUAAAGAAACAUUACAAUCAAUAGCUUCUUAGUUUGCUUACAUUAUAUCCUCGCAUUUCGAGGUACUACUCUUUGCAUUUCCCCCCCUUCUCGAUCGAGAUUCAGAUCUGAAAUUCAAUAAUUAGGGCUUUCGAUCCUCCAUCGUCAAUGUCGAAUUCGAGCUUCGAUGUGGAGAAAGUUUCGAUUUUUAUUGGAUUUUGACUUGGAGAUCUCGAAUGGCGGGUUUUGAUUUUGGUUUUGAAGAUUGUGGCAAUGAUGUAGUUUCUGCAGAAAGUUGUUCGCUUUGAAGAGAGAAGAAGAUGGGAUCUGGGCGGAGCAAAUCAUGCCGAGCCUCUUCGUUAACAUCGACGGCGAGAGAAGAUUCGGAACCUCCUCCGAGUGGUGGUGGGAGGAGGAGAAAACCAAUGAGUCUCCUUUGUUCUCUUCACUCUUCUUGCCUCGCUUCUUCUUCUUCUACUUCUCACGACAGUGACGAUGACGUUGAUCAACAGGUAUGUAACGGAAGGAGGAGAAUGGAAUCUAUGAAUCAGGGAGAUGCACAAGAUUGCUAUGACGAUGAAGAACUGAAAGAUAAGAAGGAAUCUCAAAACGAGCUUGAGCUUGAUGAUGAUUGUGGUGUUGUUGAAGAAGAAGAAGCAGCAGCUGUAAGCAACGUUGGCGGUUUGGUUCAAGAAUCUUCCACUCCAAGUCGAGUUUUCUCGCAUUUCAAAUUCCUUCCUGGUAACAUAAGCUCCAGACUUAGCAGAGCUUCGAGCUCUAGAUCCUUCAACACUACUUACCCACUCUCUUCCUCUCGAGAAGUAUCUGUCACUUCACCUUCACAACCUGCUAGAGUCGAGUCUCCGAGGAACCCUGUGAUUGACAAUGUAGUUAGAGACAUUGAUGCCAUGAGAUAUGGAGAAGAUCGUUCUUCUUCGAGAGUAGUUAAUGGUAUGGAAAGACAAGUUGUUCGUGAACCUUCCGUUGACCGGAAUGUUAGUUUUAGCAGGACUCUGAGUGUUGGACGUCUCCGUGACAGAGUUCUUCGCCGUUCUUCACUCUCUGAUUUCACAUUCCGUCCUUCGCAUCAGGGAGAAGAUGAUACUGAUCUCUUCUCUGCUGAUAACACUGCAGCAGAGGAGGACACUCCUGUGACCUCAACGUCGUUACUAAACCGUUCUGCUUCUAGCAUAAGAAGGACGUUAUUCGGAGUUCAAGAUCAACCGACGACAAGUCCUCUUGUCAGAGAAGGGAGGUAUCAAGGUUUAUUAGAACACAGAUCAGAUUUCCUUGAGAGAAGGAGGAGAAUAAGAUCUCAGGUUCGUGCUCUUCAAAGAUUGGGAAGCCGGUUUGAGAGUGUCACAGGCCAUCAUGAUAGGGCUUGUGUCUUAUCAGGUCUAGAUCAAGCAGGUCGUUGCACAUGCCGUGCAGGUACUAACCGUGGUUCCACUACAACAACAACAACACCAACAACCGAUGAAACAAAUGCUAGAGCUAGCAUCUCAAGGAUAGUAUUGCUAGCUGAAGCUCUCUUCGAGGUUCUUGAUGAAAUUCAUCAGCAAUCUGUUGUAUUAUCCUCUCAACAACCGUCAGUAUCAUCAAUAGGAUCUGUUCCUGCACCUAACGACGUUGUGGACUUGUUACCUAUAAAACAGUAUACUAAAUCACAAAGCGAAGAUUCCUCACAAUGUUAUAUAUGUCUUGUGGAGUAUGAAGAAGGAGACACUAUAAGGGCACUUCCUUGUCAUCAUGAAUUCCAUAGAACAUGUGUGGAUAAAUGGCUUAAAGAGAUUCACAGAGUAUGUCCUCUAUGUCGUGGAGACAUUUGUAGACAUGAUCCAUCACCUGAACUACACUGAUUACAGUAUGAGAGUUUCAGAUUCUGCAAAAGACCCAAAAACAUUCUUUGGUUUUUGUCUGAAACUGAAUCUAAAUGUUGUAUUUUUGCUUCUUGUUUGUAGCUUUCAAUUGAAAACAAAAAAACAACAAAAUUCAAACUUCCUGUAUUUGAAACUUCUGUACUUAAUUGAUAAAUUUACUGA